UUCCCAUUGAAGACCAUUGAAACCGGAAGUGAGAUUCCAGCCCCCUCCAAAGGAGGCGUCGACCGUCACGUCAACACAAAAUGGCGGCCUGAAGCGAAGGAGGGUUUGUGUGCCCAGUUUUCCCACCUCCCCCCCGCCUCCUCCAGGCCAGAGCAAAACACCAUCUCCCAUUGCUGAAAAUGCAGUGUGCCCAUCACUGUGAGCACCUACUGGAGAGACUGAACAAGCAACGAGAGGUGGGCUUCCUUUGUGACUGCACCAUCAUUAUUGGUGAAUUCCAGUUCAAAGCUCAUCGAAAUGUUCUGGCUUCCUUUAGCGAAUACUUUGGGGCUUUUUACAGGGAUACUUCAGAGAGUAACGUGUUCUUGGAUCAGAACCAAGUGAAGGCCGAUGGAUUUCAGAAACUUCUAGAGUUUAUAUACACAGGAGACUUAAGCCUUGACAGUUGGAAUGUUAAAGAAAUACACCAGGCUGCUGACUAUCUCAGAGUGGAAGAGGUAGUCACUAAAUGUAAAAUAAAGAUGGAAGACUUUGCUUUUAUUGCUAAUCCGUCUUCUACAGAAAUCUCUAGUAUUACUGGGAACAUUGCACUGAAUCAGCAGACUUGCCUGCUAACUCUUCGUGACUACACUAGCCAAGAGAAAUUGGAUGCCCCUUCAGUGGAUCCAGUCCCAUCCCCAGUUUUAACAGCAACCUUGGGGAAAAAAUCUGCUCAAACCAAAAAGCGGAAGAAGGCAUUUGGUUCCCCCAAAACGCUGCCAGACAAGCCUGCACAAUAUCCAAAUGAUGUCAUAGAGAACACUGCCAUAGAGAUGUUUUUGGAUGCAAAUAAACUGGCAACAGAGAUAACAGAGCAAGCUGCCCAAGGUGGGGAUAAUUCUGAGCUGCAGCUCACUCCUGUAGUGGAGAGUGAAACGUUUGCUGCCCAGGAGAUCCUUAUCCAGACUAUGGCUGUGAAACCCAAGCGAAGCAAAGCGCAGCAAAGUUGCGCUUUGAAAGAGCACUGCUUGUCUAACAUCACCAGUGACAAGAACUCUUAUCAGCUGGAAAGCUCAGGAGAGGAACUGGACCCGAAAUACCCUAAGACCAAGCCAGUAUGUAACACCUGUGGCAAGGUGUUCUCUGAAGCCAGCAGCCUGAGGCGGCACAUGAGGAUCCACAAAGGUGUCAAGCCCUAUGUGUGUCAGCUCUGCGGAAAAGCCUUUACACAGUGCAACCAGCUGAAAACUCAUGUAAGAACUCACACAGGGGAAAAGCCAUACAAAUGUGAACUCUGUGACAAAAGCUUUGCUCAGAAAUGUCAGCUGGUUUUCCACAGCCGUAUGCAUCACGGGGAGGAGAAACCAUACAAAUGUAACGCUUGCAACCUGCAGUUUGCAACCUCUAGCAAUCUGAAGAUUCAUGCCCGGAAGCACAGUGGAGAGAAGCCAUAUGUCUGUGAUAGAUGUGGUCAGCGCUUUGCACAGGCGAGCACGUUGACCUAUCAUGUGCGGCGACACACAGGAGAAAAACCGUAUGUUUGUGAUACUUGCGGGAAAGCUUUUGCGGUCUCAAGCUCGCUUAUUACACACUCAAGAAAGCAUACAGGAGAGAAACCAUAUAUAUGUGGCAUUUGUGGCAAAAGCUUCAUUUCUUCAGGAGAACUCAGCAAACACUUUCGGUCUCACACAGGUGAAAGACCAUUUAUCUGUGAGCUGUGUGGAAAUUCUUACACAGAUAUUAAAAACCUAAAGAAACACAAAGCAAAGGUUCAUACAGGUUCUGAGGAUGGUCUGGACCCCGUCACACUUGAGCAUUCCUUUAAUGACCAGGACUCACUUCCACAAGAGAAAAGCCCUUUGCUGGAGUCUGUCGACGUGAAGCCUUCAGACAUCACCUUGCCUCUCCCUAUUGGGACAGAAGACCACCAAGUGCUGUUGCCGGUAACGGACAGCCAGUCUCCCCCAUCAGACACGCUCCUGAGGUCAACCAUUUCUGGAUAUUCAGAACCUCAGUUUAUUUUUCUCCAGCAGUUGUACUGAAAUCCCCUCUGUGGAGAAAGAUUCGGCAGCAAGGGCAUCUUUGGUAAAGCGAAUGUAAUUAUGUGGCUGUUUUUAAGCCAGACUUUCUCUUUGAUUCAUGUAGACACUUGCAGUGCCCUUUUUUCAUUCUUAUGGUUUGUUAAUCAAGAACAAAAGAUUCUGGGGUUUCUUUCUCUUUGGAAUAAUUAAGUUUGCAUUUUCUAGAAGAUAAAGAUGUCUUUCUCCCCUCCAACACCUGCCUUAAGCAGUCUUUCAGUUAAUCUGGACAACUCAAUUGAAGUUCAUGCUGUUCAUCUUCUGUAAUCAAUAUAUGAUCAGUUCUUGUUGCCCACUCACCAGCUAAUUCACUUUCUUAAGUGCUCAGUAAAGUUCCUUUCUUGGGCUAAAACUUCCACUUUAGAUUUCCAGGAGCUGUAUUCUUAGAAAAAGGAACUUUUCAGAGCUCCUAAGUGAAAAUUAGUGAAUAGCGACAGCAAAAGAAGCUCUUCUUCAUGAAUUCUGACAUCUGUACUUAGAGUUGGCUGUUUUCUGCAUCCAAGUAGUUCAAACGUAUGUGUUGAGAGCUGAAUUCUAUAUUUGAACUAAAUUUGCAUGAUUUUUUUCUUACUUUGUAUAACAGGUUUGGGUGGCCCUGUCAAGGGCUUUGCAGGGCAUUAAAACUGUCACAGAGACAAAUCCCAUUUCAUCAAUCCUGACUUCUAACACGUCAACAGGCACUGCUUACAAAUUUUCACAGAUUUUUUAAUAGCUAUAAUGAUUUCUAAAACUGUAUGAAAUGAAAGUGAGAUUUUUUUUGUAAAGCUGGACUUAACAUGACAGUCGAGGCUUUUUCUAUACUAUUCCCCUAAUCAUGAAGCAGUUUGAUAUGGAGAUGUGAUUACUUGUAGACAGUGGAUAGGAUAGGCGUUGAACUUGUUCAUGGAACUGUGGUGCAUUUUGAAGCUAAUUUUACAUGGCAUCAGAGGAAAUCUAAGUGGCUAUGGGUAUCAUAACUACAGUGUAAAUACCUUUGCUCAUGAGAGUGUGAUUACAGAAAUUAGUAUUAAAAUAUAUGUUUUGUGAGGGGUGUUUAGCCAUACUAAGUUUGGAAUAGCAGAAGCAACUAAGGUUCACAGAGUGGUUGUGUGCCUUUGUUUCCAACUUUUGGGGACUCUCUCAUGGUUUUCUUGGCACAAUUUGUUCAGAGUUGGCUUACCCUUGCUUUCCUCUGAGGCUGAGGGUGAAACUCGCCCAAAUUCGGGCAGUGGGUUUCCAUGGACAAUCAGGGAUUUGAACCCUGUUUCAAUGCUCAAAUUAAUUCAGAGAUUUAGUUGGUCCAAAUUCCAGCCCAUAUUUUUUCCUAGUAAGAUGUCUUCAAAAGAAGCCCUUGGCUGGGCACCAUAAAAAAGUCCAAUUCUUGAUUUUCCUUUAACAUCAAUAUUCAGACGCCCUGCUUCUGAGGUUGUGAGAUGCUCAUUUCCUUGCUGUGAGGUGUAGUGGCCAUGAUUAGGCAGAAACUGAUAUUCUCUGUCCAUUCCUUGUCCUUGGUGUGCUUAAACAGAUUAGCAAAUGAAUACAUUGAUUAUGUUAUGCAGGGGUUUUCAGGAUUGCUGAGUGGUGCAGGCUUAACAGCACAUGAACAAAAAAGGGUGUUUUUAUAUUUUCAUUCUUUAACAGAUCAAAAUGAUGCUUUUAUAAUGGCCUUACUCUUGUUACGUUUAACAAGUGAUAUUAUGCGGGCUUCGUUGCUAUUCUGUGUUGGGAGUUUUGGGAAGCAACAAAUGAAGAGGGCUAAAGGGAUCAAGAAAUGCUGUUUUGGGACAUGAUGCUUUAAAAAUGUAUCCAGUGCAACAAAUGCAUUUCUAUUCACUGUACCAUACAAAAUCCACAAAAUUGUUUAGUGAUAUUUGAUCUUGAGGGAACUUUACAUUUGGCUUAAAGUAGAUUGGAGGUUUGGACAGAAUUAGAUGUGCCUAAAUUUACUUCAUUUGGAUGAAGGGUCUUCAAAUAUGGAAAGUACAAAUCUGUCCAAUUGAAUGUAGGCUCUUCUGCUUUCACUACUUGGUGUGAGUGGGACAGAGAGAAAUGGACACUGGACAUUGGGGAAAAUAGAUCUUUUCUUUUGUAAUCAUGAAGGUUAGAAACCUGGUUAAACAAAACCCAGCUAUUUGUGAAGUGAGGACUCUUAUUUCCCAAGCCUAUCAUGCUGACCUACUAAAAUCAGAGCAACAGGGAAUACUAUGCUCAUAUCCUUUGAUACUACAUCAAUCCCUUAGAAAGGUUGCAGCAUAGAUCUGUCUAUCCACUAUCCAUCAAGAGAUUUCAGUUGUUUUGUUCUCAAGGAUCAACUUCUUUUGCUACCAGAAACUUCCGACGAUACGAAAUUUAAUACAGACUUUGUACAUGGUACAGUAUUGAUUCUAUCAUGUAUCUGGGAAUGCAGAAUCCUUGUUUUUUUCUGAAAAGCGUUAAUGAUCUAAAUUUAAGAGUCAGUCCCAACUGUAGUAUAUGCAUUACAUUAAUGGAAACUUAGUAAGUCAGUUCUUAAGUUCUAUUGAUUGGAUAGUCCCUCGUCCCCCUGCAGUAUUAAGUCUUGUUUCAUUUAUUAAGAAUAUGACUGCCAUUUGUCUUGUGGAGAAGAGGGAAAUGAACUUGACUGUUUAAUAUUUAUAUUUCAUAUGAGAAUUUCUACUUGGGUUUUGUGUCUUGUCACCUUUUCUUUCAAAAAAGCAUACUGUACUUUUAAAAAGGCCCAUUCUUAGAUUUUUCUUAGAUUCUAGUUAGCUAUUUAAUAUUUAUAAAGAUGUUUUACUUUAUAGAUCUCAUUUGACUUUUGUACAUGAAGUAUUUUUCAGAGCUCUUUUUUGAGUCCGUUUCCCCAUAACACUAACAGACUCUUGAGAGAGCGGAAAUCUAUUGUAGCAAUAAUGGAAGAAAUAUCCCUUUUAGUUUCCAAACUUGGAAGUACUUACUGCCGUGUGCAAAGGCCCCAUGCCCCUUUAAAAUAUAUGUACAUUUAUAUUGUUGGGAAGAACAUGAUUUGUGGGGUCCUAUCAGGAUUGCAUCUUAUCAACCAUAGGGCUAUGUUACUUGUAUCUGUUAAGUAGAGCUUGGUACUCCAUGAACCUUACCUGGAUGACAUAUGCAGCUGGAUUUAUCCAAAUUGACCAUCUAAAGUUCAUCAUCUGCUAUGAAUAUAUGGAUUUGUUUUCAAUCUGAGGCCCUACUUUGAUGGGGGGAAAGAAUGUGUACUCCAACCUUUCUUCUCCUUGGUGUUUUGUACUUCAGCUCCCGUGAUUCCUCACCAUGUGACCAUAUUGGUUGGGCUCAGUGGUAGCUGUUCCCCAAAACGGAAGGACCUCAACUUGGAGUUUUACUUUCUCUACAUCCAUACUCGUAUUUCAAGCUUCAGUGGAGUUCAUGGAACCCUCCAGAUAUUAUUGAACUGAAACUUUCACCAACCCUAGCCUUCAUAGCCAGUGGUGAGGAAUGCUGGGAUUUGCAAUUUAGCAACAUCUGGAGGACCAUAUAUUUCCUACUAAGUUCUUAUUCAAAAUGCUACUUUUACUAGUAUAAAGGGAUUUUCUUAAGAGCUAGUCUUAAGUCACCCUUUCUGAUUUAAUUAUGUCUGACAUGUUUCACAAACAUAUUUGUUCCUCGUUCUCUGUGUAGAGCUUGCUUUUUGUAUUUAUACUUUCCUAUAAGGUUUUGUGUACAUAACUAACUUGCAAUAUUUCAGUGUUAGCCUUGAAUAAAACUUGUUUUGUAGCA